AUGCUUGGCCAAGGCACGUUUGGCCAAGUUGUGAAAUGCUGGGACACAGAAACCAACAAGUAUGUUGCUGUGAAGGUUAUAAAAAACCAGCCUGCGUUUUAUCAGCAGGCCAUAAUGGAGGUUUCACUGUUGAGAACGGUUCAUUCCUUUUUAGUUUUGUUCAGACUGCACUAUGAACUUCGAGAUUAUAGGUAUGAGCUUUUAAAAAGGAAUCAUUUAAGAGGAUUGAAAGUGCAAUUUGUACAGGCCUUCUCAAAACAGAUAUUGGAUGCCAUGAUAGUGAUGAGAGAUGGUGGCAUCAUUCACUGCGAUCUGAAACCAGAAAAUAUCCUCUUAGCUCCGACUGCAAAAACAGCUGCAGCAGUGAAAGUUAUUGAUUUUGGAUCAGCAUGCCUGGAGGGUCUACCCUUAUUUCCUGGGGCAUCAGAAUAUGAUGUGCUUAAGCGUAUGCUAAAGAUUCUCGGGGGGCAACCACCAGAUGACUUGCUAAGGGAAGCUAAGAAUACUACUAAAUUUUUUAAACAUGUUGGAAGUAGUUAUCUGGGUAUUGGGCCACAUGAUGGCCCUGGCACUGCAUACAGAAUGUUAAGUGAAGACGAGGUUGAGGGGAGGGAGACCAAAAGGCCGAAAUUAGGGAAAUGGUACUUCCCACAGCAAAGGUUGGACCAACUAAUAUAUACCUAUCCUUGGGACAAUACAAAAUUGCCAGAGACAGAAAAAGCAGAUCGCGUGCUGUUAGUUGAUUUCUUGAGGGGACUUCUUGAAUUUGAUCCAAAUAAGCGAUGGUCGCCAUUUCAGGCGUCAGGCCAUCCAUUCAUUACAGGCGAACCUUUUACUGGUCCAUACGAGCCCGUCUCUGAGACUCCAAGAAUUCCUGUUGCUCAUGCUGCAGCAGUUGAUCACAAUCCAGGAGGAGGUCACUGGUUAGUUGCAGGUCUUUCCCCUCAGGUUGGAAGUGUGAACAGAUGUCUACCUCCUAAUAACCCCUAUCCUCCAAAAAUGCCUUUUUCUUAUGGGAGUAGUUAUGGAAGUCUUGGUAGCCAUGGUAGCUAUGCUGGCAAUGCUGGUCUUGCUAGCAGCUAUGGAAGCUAUGGUGAUGUUUAUAAUGGCAACAUGUAUUACUCACCAGUAGGUCCUUCUGGAUUUUCACAUGUUAGCUCUAGUCCAGAUAUUAGGCUGAGACCUCGUCUCUCUUACGAUAGAGGCAUUCGAUUGAGCCCUGGAAGUAUGGGGCCUAUGUCUCUUGGUGCCAGUCCAUCACAAUUUACCCCACCAAACUACCAGAUGCAUACCCCGGCUAAUUCUACUGGGAAGCAUGGCUCUGGUUCUCCUGCGAGUGGAGGCAUUCAUGGCUCCCCAUUGGGAAAAGCUGGACCAGUAGGCCAAUACAGCAAGAGGAAGAACAUGCCGAUGCCACCACAUGAAUAUGCAUCUCAGCAUGGACAAGGACGACAUGGAGAUGGUGUCAGUUUUAGUCAUUCGGAUGCCUAUAUUCGCGGACAUGCUGGCUACUCUCAGCAUUCAUUACCUAGUUCUGGUCAUUCUAGUUGGAGACCACAAAUAGCUUCCAGGAGUGGUUUUUCCGUGGAGGCUUCUUCUAGUCAUGGGCCUUCCCAAGCAUAUAAUUCACAUAAUGCUCCACCUUUGCCCUCAUUUGACGUAUUACCGGAUACAUCAGCUCCAUCAACACUUGAUCCUUCUGAUUGGGAUCCUAAUUAUAGUGAUGAGUCACUAUUGCAAGAAGACAAUUCAUUGUCAGCUGAUUUAAGCAGCAGCCUUCAUAUUAGAGAUGCAACUGCUACGGAGCGGGUCAGCAACUUCACUCAGGCUCCCAUGGGAGGGGCACCCGUCCUACUGUUCCAAUCAAUUACGGUGGUUUCAACCCUCCGAACUAUCCUCAGCAAAGUCUCCGAGGUCGCCAUCAAUUUCUUCAACCGAGAUACAACCAGCCAACUAACAGUCAUAUGCGGCCACCGAUGGGGAGUCACCAAAGCGGGCAGCCUGCAUGGCCUCCCUAUGGCAUGGGUGAGGGAGUGCCCUGGGGAGCUUCUUGCAGCCGUGGACAGUAGGCCGUGGAAAAGGUUGGCGAAAAGGCGAGUUCAGCAUUACGGUUAUGAAUUUCUGUAUGAAACCAGGAAUGUUGAUUCGAAGCAGUUUUUGGGUGAAUUGCCAUCUUUUGUUUCAAAAAUCCUUGACAAAAUUGUGACAUUCCCUGGUGUGAAGAAUUGUACUGGAAAACUGGUGGAUCAAUUGACGGUAAAUGAAUAUCCUUGUGGUGUAGGUUUGUCUCCACACAUAGACACACACUCAGCAUUCGAAGAAAUGAUUUUUAGUCUUUCUUUGGCUGGACCUUGCAUUAUGGAGUUCAGACAAUACCCGAAAGGCAGUUGGCGUGCUCCAAGUGUGGUCAAUGGAACUGAUGAAGGUAGCAUCCAAGAUCCACAAUGCAUACGGAAAUCUGUAUUUCUACCUCCUCGGUCAAUGUUACUCAUGUCUGGAGAAGGUCGAUAUGCUUGGCAUCACUAUAUACCACACCAUAAGAUUGAUGACGUGGCUGGUCAAGUCAUUAAAAGAAAUUCGCGACGAGUUUCCUUCACUUUACGAAAGGUGAGGAUGGGUCUUUGCGAAUGUGAAUAUGGGCAAUUUUGUGAUUCACAGAGCAAUGCUUUGGCGUAUCCCUGGCGUUUCAGUUCUUUUGCUGGUUUUGUUGACGGAUUCGAGCUACUGUUCUGCAGCUAUAUCAUGGGGAUGCUUCAGGCUGUACGUUUGAGGCUUGUAGUAAUUUGCUACCUUGAUCUGAGUGAUUCCAAAUAUUUUAGUACAGAGUGCAGAGUGCAAGCUGGGUAA